GCUCAAAGCGAGACAAAGUCAAAGAUGCUAGAGAGAUGAAUUUUGAGAGGACCGGUCACGGAGUUGUGAGUGAGUCAGUACAGGCAUAGUAUCACAACUUGUCUAGAUUGUCAAGUAGUCGAUGACGUCCGCGCCCUUGUACCACUGAAACCAAGCGGUGAUGUAAAGGAGAAGUAAGCUUUGUCGCAGAAGCUUGGGCUAGACGAAUCCAAAAAUGUACAAUCGCCGAACAAGUAGCCGACCGCUUGCACGGCUCACUAAGAAGAAUGUUACGAGCUUAUCGAACACGCUGCCGAGCGGAAACGAUACUCUGCAAAAGACACUCGGCACUGAUGCGGGAACCGCAGCUCCUUUCUGCUUUUCCGACGACACGAAUGUAGACCCUCUCUCGCAGCUGCAAGGAGGUGGAGGCGAAAAGAACGACGCACCCCCUCCUUCCGUAGAUCCUCCCCCAGAUCUCUCAUUAAUCUCCGGUUCGCCCUCUGAGGUGUUCGGAAAACGCCCCACUCUAGCUGCCUCAACGUCAAAAGCCUCUUCCUCGCCCAAGAAUGUCGGCGGCCUGUCGCCCAAGGACCAGAAGGUCGCGAACAAGCUCAAGCGCGAAACCGCACUCGCUGCGCAACGCAAGAAAAGACCAGACGAAAAGACAAAAGACACGACAGUCGGUGGCGCCGACGGGGCCACGCCCAGUGGGGCGCAGUCGCCGAAGAAGAAAGUUUCCGCGGAGGAGGAGGAAGCACCGGAUUCCCCAGCCGGCCCAUGGAACUUCUUCAGCAUCGUGAAACCGGAGCCCAGUGCGAAAACCGAAUGCGCGUACGUGAAUUGCAACAAAUGUAUCUACUGGCCCAACCCACGUCGUUUUGGCCCGCAGCAGAACCGACCCCAGGUCAAGCACAUCGUUGUCGGCGAGACGGGGCGAGUUCUAGACGUGGAGCACUUUCACCCCAACCCGGACACGCCCUACUGCAUCAAGAAGAGCGACCCAAAUCUGCACCUCGACCGGCUGAAACCCGCGUCGCUGUUUCUCAACGAGGUAAGCGCCAUGCAUUUAAAGCAGCGGCCCAUGAACUUCUGGAAACUCUACCGUGACUGUUUCAAGGGCGACGUGGUGUUCUGCUCGAAAGACUGCACGCUGGCGGCAUUUGACUGUCCCAAGCACAUCACGCCCGAUUUGAGCGACAAGGGCUGGCAACUGAUGCGAGUGUUGCUCUCCAGCCCGAAUGAGGAGCUGGCUGUGCCGUAUGUGGAGCUGUGCUCCGAGGAGGAUCUGGAUUUUGCGGAGCCGGUGGAAGGUAAAAACAGCCUCUGUGUAUCAAAAAUGUUGAAAAAACAACAUCUGCGCGUGAGAAGUUGUAGGGUUUUAUCCGGCUGUACUAAAAAAUGAAUUUUGAUCGAUGAUUGGACAACAAAAAGAAACCGCGUCUUUCUAACACAACAGGUCUGCGCCCGCUCCAUCUCGCUGUGCGGAACGGCAUGUCCACCGAUUUCAUCCGUCUGUUGCUGGAGAAGGGAGCGAAAGUAGAUGCGAAGAACAACUCCGGGUACGUGGCGUUGCACUACGCCGCCAUGAAUUCCGGCGAAGACGUACGGCCGGUUCCUCUCGGUACAACACGGGACACCCGGUCUCCCGUAAUGGAUGUGUUGUUCGAAUUUAACUGUGAUUUGGACGCGCAAACCGACCACGGGCGCACAGCGCUGAUGUGGGCCGCGAUGAAUGGGAACAGGCAGGCGGUUUUGUGGUUGAUUGAGCACGGCGCAAACCGGAACCUGCGCGAACACAGCCUGAUUUCCCAAUCCUCCUACGACAUGACGGCGCGCGACUGGGCGGAGCGGAAGGGGGAGGGACUGCUGUGCAUGCUGUUUGACGACGUCGACAAAGCGGAGGCGCGGCGUGAUUGGGCUCCAGGGCAACCGUUCGUCGGCCGGGGACAAGCUGCGGACCCGGAUGAUCGACCGAGCGAUUUGGAAAAUUCUUAAAUAAAUGUAUAACAACAGCAAGAUGUUUCUAAUGGUCAAUAACGUUGGUUUUGACCGCUAGCGCUACUUCCUUGUUGUGUACCCUCUGUUUCGCUCGUGUACAAUGAAUGCUCUGAAGGAAUUACCCGAACCUGGUGAACUUCAACAUCGAUUAAAUCUAUGUACGAGUAUCAUGAAACAAAAGCCCACCAGUGCCCCUCGGUGCUGUGAUCUGUCU